AUGACUUGGUGGCGCCUUGGCUAUGUGGGGACGGGAUUGCCGGUGGCCUAUGGAAGGGGGGUCGAGGGCCCGUGGGCUGCGCAUCGGGCGCGCAUGCCGGGACAAUGCGGCGACAGGGCGGAAGCGACUUGGUCUGCGCUGUGCCGUCGGCGUAUGUUGUGGUCUUGGGCUGCCAGAGGGCUGGCAUGGCUGCCCGUGGCAGUGGUGAACUACGCACGGCCUUUUCUCUGGCACGAGGGGUCCAUCUCAGGGCUCGAUCGGGGCGCCAGGACUUUCUUGGACCACAAGGAGGAGCUACGCGGUGGGCGUGGUCGCAGAUCUUCGAUUGCUCACGUGGUCGGCAUGGGCAACCAGAGUUGGAUGUCACAGAUGGUGACCGUGUUGUAG